CGUCCUGUAUUUGUUACCCAGUGUGCGACGUGACUGCUUGCACAUACAGGCUGCCUUGAGGUUUUUACUGGCACAGCUCAUUUCGUUUCGCGGCCAGUUUGAAAGCUAUAUAAGUUUUGCACCGGUUCUGGGACACUGUUGUGCUAAACCUUCCUUUUUGCCAAUUCCACGAUAAUCCAGGAAUUGUCCAACAACCAUCAGGAGAGAGAGGGGAGAACUUCCUUCUAACUGGCAGCUCCAAGUUCAGUUACCCUUAAUGGGGCUGACCUAACAUGGAGGGAGGCCUAUGCCAAAAAACGAAUCAAAGCAGAGAACCCAGUUGUAGAAAUGGAUGGAGAUGAAAUGACCAGAGUAAUAUGGAGCUUCAUUAAAGAAAAGCUUAUUCUACCUAAUGUUAGUGUGGAGUUGAAAUAUUUUGAUCUCGGUCUCCCAAAUCGAGAUAAAACAGCUGACCGGGUGACCAUUGAGUCUGCAUUGGCAACACAAAAAUAUGGAGUCGCAGUGAAAUGUGCCACCAUUACACCAGAUGAAGCUCGAGUGGAAGAAUUUGGACUGAAAAAGAUGUGGAAAAGUCCAAAUGGAACUAUCCGAAAUAUUUUAGGCGGCACAGUUUUUCGAGAUCCAAUUAUUUGCAAAAACAUCCCACGACUUGUUCCCGGUUGGGUGAAGCCAAUCACAAUAGGCCGACAUGCAUAUGGAGAUCAGUAUCGAGCCAUAGAUUUUGUCAUGGACCAGCCGGGUAACUUUAAACUUGUCUUCGUGCCCGAGGAUGGGAGCAAAUCCCUGGAAUGGAAUGUGUUUGACUUCCCUGGUGGAGGAGUAGGAAUGGGAAUGUUCAAUACAGAUGAGUCUAUUACAGGAUUUGCACACAGCUGCUUUCAGUAUGCCCUAAGUAAGAAAUGGCCCCUCUAUAUGAGCACCAAAAACACUAUUAUGAAGGCUUAUGAUGGACGGUUUAAGGACAUAUUCCAGGAUAUUUUUGAGCUACAUUACAAAGCAGCCUUUGACAAGCUGGGCAUCUGGUAUGAGCAUCGGUUAAUCGAUGAUAUGGUGGCUCAGAUGUUGAAGUCCUCAGGAGGUUUUGUCUGGGCUUGUAAGAACUAUGACGGAGAUGUUCAAUCUGACAUUCUGGCACAAGGUUUUGGUUCUCUUGGACUGAUGACAUCAGUGUUGAUUUGUCCAGAUGGGAAAACAAUUGAAGCUGAGGCAGCUCAUGGAACAGUCACUCGCCAUUUCAGAGAGCACCAGAAGGGCAAAGCCACUAGCACAAAUCCAAUUGCCAGUAUCUUUGCCUGGACGCGAGGGCUGGAGCACAGAGCGAAACUCGAUGGCAAUCAGCAACUUAAACAGUUUACUGAUACCCUCGAGCAGGUGUGUGUAGAAACUGUGGAGAGUGGUACCAUGACAAAGGACUUAGCAGCUUGUAUUCAUGGACUGCAGAACAUAAAACCGGGACAGCACUAUGUGUACACUGAAGAAUUUCUUGAUGUCAUCAAGGAAAACUUGGACAAGAAGUUGAGUCAUUGAAAAGGACCAAGAACAAUGAAGAGCCUUCAGGGUUCAUUCCAAGAUGAAUACUACCCAAUCUUUUUCUGUGAAGCAGAUUUAAGAUACUGAGGCGCCAGUUUAUUCUGGCAGUAAGAUUUGCUUUGAAGUGAAAUCUUAAUCAUUCUUUCUAUUACAUCUUUAUUAAAACAUGAGUCUUACUUCAAAUGAAAAAAAUCAUUUUCAGUUGCCCAUAAUCCCUUCCUUUGUGGCAACAGUUUUCACUGCAGAAUAACCAAUGGUUUCAUACACUGUCAGGGCUCGUUAUCUGUAACAUAGAAGUGAGCCUAUUGUAACUUCUCUUUAUACCAAUAGAAACUUUUCGGUAUCCAUUGAAACUUUGUACUUAGAUUUUUUUAACUUAAAAUGAGUAUUGUGUUUUUGAAAUGAAAGUACUUAAAUUGUGCAGCUAUAACACGGUUGAGAUCAGCUGGAAUUACAGACCACAGUAACUGUGCAAAUGGGUGAGAAACUGGUGGGUACAUAGCCCACCUGUACUUAAAAUGGUGGCCUUGACAGUAAGAAUUGUAAAAUACUGGCAAUUAAUUUUAAAUGUCAUAUUGAUUCUUUGUGUGUGUCUGAGGAGAUUGAAAUAAAAUAGUUUUAUGAUUA